AGUAGCAUUGUCCAAGGCUCCCUAGAGCUCCUGGGAUCGCUUCUGCCAGAGGACACGCUCUGCGGCCUGGGCUCAGAGGGACGGAGGCAGCAUCCGCCGGACUUCAAGAGCUACAAUGGCAGUGAACAAGGACCCGGCCUUGCUGGAGGGAGACCUUCCUGAGCAGGAGAACGUGCUGCAGCGGGUCCUGCAGCUGCCGGUGGUGAGCGGCACCUGCGCGUGCUUCCAGAAAACCUACACCAGCACCAAGGAAGCCCACCCCCUGGUGGCCUCUGUGUGCAAUGCCUACGAGAAGGGCGUGCAGGGCGCCGGCAGCCUGGCGGCCUGGAGCAUGGAGCCAGUGGUGCGCAGGCUGUCCACCCAGUUCACAGCUGCCAACGAGCUGGCCUGCCGAGGCCUGGACCACCUGGAGGAGAAGAUCCCAGCCCUCCAGUACCCUCCUGAAAAGAUCGCCUCUGAGCUGAAGGACACCAUCUCCACCCGCCUUCGCAGCGCCAGGAACAGCAUCAGCGUCCCCAUUGCCAGCACCUCGGACAAGGUCCUGGAGGCCGCUCUGGCCGGCUGUGAGCUCGCUUGGGGGGUGGCCAAAGACACUGCCGAAUAUGCCGCCAACACCCGAGCGGGCCGGCUGGCCUCUGGAGGGGCCGACUUGGCCUUGGGCGGCAUUGAGAAGGUUGUUGAGUUCCUCCUCCCGCCAGCGGAGAAAGAGUCAGCCGCUGCCCCAGGACACCAGCAGGCCCAGGAGCCUCCCAAGGCCAAGGCCAGCCUGGUGAGCAGGGUUGGGGCCCUGGCCAACACCCUCUCUCGGCACGCCUUCCAGACCACAGCCCAGGCGCUGAGGCAGGGCUACGCCCUGGCCAUGUGGAUCCCUGGUGUGGCGCCCCUGAGCAGUCUGGCGCAGUGGGGCGCGUCCGCGGCCAUGCAGGUGGUGUCCCGGCGGCAGAGCGGGGUGCGGGUGUCCCGGCUGCGCAGCCUCAUGGGCUCCCAGGAGAAGGACCACGAGGACCAGGCAGACACAGCGGGGGAAGAGACGGAGGAGGAGGAGGAAUCAGAGGCCGAGGAGAACAACCUUGGCGAGGGAGCAGCCCAGCCCAGUCCGCAAGGCCUCCUGGGCAGUGUGGCGCACGGCCUGCAGAAGGCCCUCCAGGGCACCAUCUCGGCCGUGACCUGGGCCCCUGCAGCCGUGCUGGGCACCGCAGGGAGGGUGCUGUACCUCGUACCAGCCCGCCCUGCCUCCUCCACCAAGGGGAGGGCCAUGUCGCUGUCCGACGCCCUGAAGGGUGUUACUGACAACGUGGUGGACACGGUGGUGCACUACGUGCCGCUCCCCAGGCUGUCGCUGAUGGAGCCCGAGAGCGAAUUCCGGGACAUCGACAACCCGCCGGCCGAGGCCGAGCGCCGGGAGGCGGAGCGCAGGGGCUCAGGGGCGCCGCCCGCCGGCCCGGAGCCCGCGCCGCGCCCCGCGCAGCCCCGCGGCAGCCUGCGCCCCUCGCGGCGCCCGAGCGCGCCCCCCGGCCCGGGGCCCGAGGACAGGGCCGACCCGCCCGCCGCGCCGCGCCCGCCCUUCCCGGCGGCGCCCCCCGAGAAGCCCACGCGCAGGGUCAGCGACAGCUUCUUCCGGCCCAGCGUCAUGGAGCCCAUCCUGGGCCGCGCGCAGUACAGCCAGCUGCGCAAGAAGAGCUGAGCCCGCCGCGCCCGUCCCGCCAGCCCGGCCCCGGGGACCACGGCCCCCGCCCCAGCAAAUCGACGGAACCCACACUUCCGAGCCAGCGCCGACUUCUUCAAAGUAGUCCCCUCGGGACAAGAGCCUCCUUCCGACCAGGCUGCCAAGGCGCGCAUCAUCUUUUCAGCAUCCUUUUUGGGCUUAGCUGUCAGACCCCGCCCGUGUUUAAGAAGCAUCAGAGAGCCUGCUUUGAUCCUAGGCCUUGUUUUGUUUUUUUUUUUUUUACCGAAAGAUAAUUGCCUAACUUGAUUUCUCACUUCGCUAACCAAGUUGUGGCCAAAUGACGUUUAUUUCCAAAAUUGAGACCCAUCCUCUGUAGGUAAAUAUUUGCCACCCAUGAGGAUCGUGUCACUACCCUGAGGGUCCAAGCAGGAGUUCCUGACACAUUUUUAAGCCCUGAGCUCAGAGAUUCCUGAGUGUCCAGGCUCUCCGCGGACUACUUUGAAGGGGACAACAAUCAGGUACAAAAGCUCUUGCGUGUUUAUAUAAGAUAUUAGCAUCGCUUUCUGGGGACCCCAUACUCUCCGCAAGGGCUGAGGCCCCACCUGUGCUCUGGAGCACCUGCCACCUUCUUGCUCACAGCUGCAUUUCCACGUGCGUCCUUACUGCCUUCCACCUGCACAUUCACCCUCCCAUUGCCUGUUGAAUGCUGGCCCCCCAGUGUGGGGGGACCACAAAGGUGGCGGUCCACCUUAUAAAGUCUAUCCUGUAUAGACCACACAUGUGGACUCUGUAGCUGUAGUUCAUUCCAAGCCCUGUUUUUGAAAAUGUUAGUAUUUGGUAAAUCUAGGAAAUGCAUACACAUAAUUUAAAAAUCAAACAUUGCAAAAGGGGACGUGUCUUCCUCCUUGAGUUCCCUGGCUCUCCUUCAUAAAGACACCCGUGGUGCCAGCCUCUUGUGCAUCCUUCCUGUUAUAGGCUGUGUGUGUGCAAACACACGUUGUGUACGCCCCCCCCCUUUGUUCACAGCUGUGGAAUGUUAUACUCGUACUGCUUUUUUCAUUUAACAAUAUAUCUUAGAAAUCUUUUUGUAUCAGUAUUAUAAAUCCUCCUCGCUCUUUUUAAUGGCCACAUAGCAAGUCUUCAUAAGAUAGAUGUCCUAUAUCUGAUCUCACUAGUUCCCUAAUGAUGGACUUGUAGUUUGUUUCCAAAUUUUUGCUUCUGCAAAAAGUGCUACAAUAAAUGUCCUUAUACUGAA